AUGGCGGGAGUUGCAAUUGUACUAGAUCUAUUGAGGAAGAAUCCGGGCUUGAAUGGCCAAACCCUGCAUUCCUCCGGUCUAUUUUCAUCUACAGUCGCUGCUUCAGCCGCCGCGGCAUCUGUUGCUGCCGGCACCCCUUUUGCCGCCAGGGCAUUCUUCGGUGACAGUGUGUCACGAGUUGCUUUCUGUGAUGCUGGUGCAGCAGUAAACGAAGAUUACAUUUCUAGUCUACGGACUGCAUCUGGAAAUAUCUUUCUGAAUGAUUCUUUGAAGUAUAAUACCAAGGAGUACAAUAUUGAAUUGAAACCUUUAUUCUCGGCAUUUCACUGGAGAACUCUUGCAUUGACAUCCCUGAGGUCCUUCCUGUUAUUCUAUUUGCCUCUCGUUGAGCCCCGUACAAAUAUGGAAGACGACGACGAAGAUUUUCUACAGGAAACUCCAGAAGAGCGCCAUUUAGAUUUGGUUGUGCCCUUCAAGAAAUCAGUGAAGCAAAUCGUUCGUGAGACCACUGUUGUAACCACGAGACGCAUUCUUGAAAGACUUGCAGUUCAUUAUAUCUCACAGCGUAUGGCCUGGAAACUCCUCAAAGAUGUUCCAAAAUCAGCCACGCGCAAGGCUCAGAGGGGAAUGUCAACUCCAGUAUACAUUUUCAGCGUUAGCAGAACAACUUUCAGAGGACACUUUCUUGGAAUUUUAGCAUCAUGGUUCGUCCAAGUCGGCAUUGAUAUUUAUAGAUUCGUUUCUUCUCUGUCUAAAUCCAAAGAAGAGACCAGCGAGGUUGACAAAGCAGAACAAAUUCGAAUUCUUGGAAAGAAGGUUUAUGGUGUCACUAUAAGAUGUGGUUCGUCACUUAUAUUUGCAUCGGUUGGGGCCGGUAUCGGAGCUGCAUUGUUUCGUCCUUCAGCAGGUCAAUGGAUUGGCUGUGCAUUGGGGGAUUUGGCAGGACCUGUUGUGGUUGCAUUUUGCUUUCCUUCUUCCUUGGGAUUUGAUCUUGGUGAGCUGCAAAUAUUGCUUGACAUAAAAGAAGCCUUGUUAGAGAAGGAAGUUUUAGUGAAAAAUGGUGUAGUUGAAGAAGGUGAAAAGGAAACUGAGAGUGAGUUACUGAAUGGAGAUGGCAGUGGUGGUGGCAGUGGUGGUGGUGGAGGGAACUGCCACUUUGAAGAUGUGGAAAAGGAAACUGAUUCAAAAAAUGGCUUGUUAGAGGAAGCGACUUUGGUGCAAAAUGGUGUAUAUGGAGGGGAAGAAGAAGAAGAAGAGAGUGAGUUGCUGAAUGUGGAUGGCAGUGGCGGCGGCGGUGGAGGAAACUUCCAUUUUGAAGAAGUGGAAAAGGAAAUUGAGUCUGAAAAUGGCUGGUUUUUAGAGGAUGAACAAGUGUACAGACAAGAAGUUGAAGAAGAAGAAGAAGAAGAAGAAGAUCAUACGAGUACAGAAGAAUUAAACAAGAAAUUUGAAGAUUUCAUAAGAAGGAUGAAGGAAGAAAUUAGGAUUGAAGCUCAACAACAGUUAAUCGUGGUUAAGUAA